AAGCCCCGCCCCUCCCUCUCCAUGCUAUGUCUGUAGAGCGUGCGGCUGCAGCUGCGGUGAGCCUGUCGAGUCCUGCCGGAUCCUCCGGAGCUGUUCACACGUACCUGACCGGUUCUAGGUACCGGCGUUUGGUGCCGGCACCAGCAGGGCAGGCUAAAAAAGAGUGAAGAAAAGAUUCAGGCGAAGGCUCACCGAGCGACUUCGUCGCGUCCGCCGAGUCCAACCGACAGCCGACGUCACGCGACAGCCGUUGCACGUUUUUUUCCCUCCUUUGUGCGUUUGCGCAAAAAGAGGAGGAGCCUAUUUUUUCAAGCGAGGCGGACGGUCGGAGUCAGUGGAGUUGUGAGCGGAGGCGCAGCACACCGUGUGGUGCACAGCUCCCGAGCUUUUUCCCUGCGUGUUCACACCGGUGGAGCUCACAGCACAUCUGACAGGCCAGCAGGGUCCAGAAGAACCGAGCCGCGGGACUCAGAGACCCGGAGCCUCAAGCAAACUCCAUCACAAAGCUGGUUUCUGACAAAUCUUGCAACAAGUUCAUGACCAAGACUCUCUCGUCUUAAGAAAGCCAUGGAAGUUGUGGUAACAGAAGAGAAAAAGAAGAUCUUCCGUGCCAGGAAAACCAUGAAGAUGAGUGAUCGUCUGCAACUGGAAACCCUUCACAGCACUUUACCGACGGCUCCAGGUUUGUCCAACCCGUCUCCGCCGCCACUAGUGAACGGCACGCAUAAAGAGGAUGGACAGAAAGAAGCCGAUAAAGAGCAAAACAACACGUCUGAUCAGAACUCCCCUCACACCGUGUCGCCUUCCACUCCAACACCGACAAACUCUCCUGCACCAUUCCUGUCGCUAAAUUUAUCACCUUCCACCGCCUCUUCACAAAGUCCCAACCACCAGGAAGAAACUUCUUCUCCGACUUCACCAUUCCAUUCUGAAUUUCCUGAUGUGAAAAAGACGAAGGAGGUGGAAAAGAAAAGUUCCUCUCCGCCCCCGUCAGAUGAGUCUCUUACUCCAGUGUCAAGUGAAUCAGAUGUUCCCCUGGUGGAGGGAACGGGGGUUCAGGAGACGGUGACCCCGAUGGAGGAGCCAGCUGAGGAUUCAGGAAAAGACUCUGUGCAAGAUGUGGUUUUCUGUUCGUCUGAAGUUUCUGACUGUAUCGAACCCAUGGACACAGAAAGCAACACUACAAACACCAAUGACUCUGAGGCCUCCACAUCUGCAGUGCAAGACGAAAAACCUUCUUCUCCUCUUGUCGUGGCUUCCCAGUCUUCCAUUUGUUCCUCGAUAUCUCCUCCAGCUUCUGGCAGAGAUCUGAAACAAGCAGAGGAAAUCAAAGAAGAUGACCUAAAAGAAGAAAAGGACGACAAAGCCAGUGUGGAGCCGGGUGCAAAAUGUGAUAUAAUCAUGGAGCUGGGCCAAAUAAAAUCAGAACUCAUGAAGGAAAUUAAGAAAAGUGGAGAAACUACAAAACCAACCCGACCGUCAUCCACUCCACCUUCUAAUGCAGAUAAAGAGGAGAAGAUCUCAUCAUCAGGACUGAAGCGCACUUUAUCAGAGGGGAACGAAAGUGAUGAAGUCGCUGUGAAGAAGGAGGGCAAGAGGCCCAAGGUGGAGCACGAGGAGCUGGAAGCUCAGCUGGAACUGAAGAUCACUGCCAAAGCUGGCAGCAAGCAUAAACUGGAACAGAUUGUUCAACAAAUCGUCAAUGAGCAGUUAAAGAUCCUGGAGCAGACACUUUUUAACAAAAACUUUCAAGAGCUCAAGGACAGAGUCGACCAGAUUGACUGUGCCAAUAAGCAUCAAGCAGCCAUUACCACGCUGCAGACCAAGAUUUCUCGACUAGCCAAGAAGUUUGGAGAGGCUAAUCAGGCAUCGGAAAACAAAAAGAAAGAAGAGGCCCUUGCUGCUGCUGCUGCUGCUGCUGCUGCUGCUGCUGCUGCUAAGGCUGCAACAGUUACCAACAACCCCCAAGCUCAGCGGCCAGUCCAGACUUCCACUGAAGUUAAACAAACUCCAACUGUUUCUACUUCCAGCGCAACUGUUGUUCCACUCCCAGUAUCUCUUCCAACCUCUUCUGCAGCUUCAGCCCCACCCCCUGCCUCCACCUCCACCACCAUGGUUCCACAGGGCUCCAUCCUCCAGCUCAUCACCUCCAGCUCUAAUGCCGUCUCUUCGUUGGCCACUGGGAUCACCACUCAGAGUCAAACAGGCACUCUGUUGCUGAAAACCACCCCUGGUACCAACAUGAUGGCUCCAGGCCAGCCACUCGUCAUUCAGCUGCCUCUGUCCAUGAAUGGCCAGACGGGGACACUCGUCAACUUCCCUGUCUCGUCUCUGUCUGCAGCCAGUACACUAACUAAGUCCAAAACCACUCCAACUACCACCACCUUUAUAAUCAAGUCUCCUCCUUCAACCAAUGUAGCAUCAGCCCCGAUCUCAACCGUGGCCACGCUUCCAGCUAUCCAGGCCCCAACCGGUCAGAUGUCCACCACCCAGAUCUCUCUGGCACGAGCUGUGUACCAAGGAGGUGCAGGGAGAAUAACUACACCUAAUGCAGGGGUAUCUGUGGCCACAGUGAGAGCACCAGCUCAGUCCGUCUCUGUUGCUGGUGCUUUGUCUUCAGCAUCUUCACCUGCAACCUCCGUGCCAGCAGCAACCGGCUGCACUGCUCCAGGAACCCCACAAGGAACGUCCCUGACGUCCAAGACAGACAAUCAAGUCUCUGCAACAACCUCAGGAGUAUCUUCUGGAGUCAGUGCUGGAAUUGCUCCACCUAAAUCAGCUGCCCCAGCACCAAGACCCAAAGGCUCCGUCAUUGAUCUUACUGAGGAUGAUGAUGAUGUGCAAGUGACGGGAGUGAAGAACGCCACAGUUCCGUCUGCUGCUGCUGCCCCCCGCUCCAACCCAGUCAUCAGCGUUCCCAGCAGUGCUGGAGCCAGGUCGUCUCCAAAAACCAGUCAGAACUCCUCCAGCAAUCCCCAGAUAACGGUGCACCACCGCCCCCCUCUGGAUUCUCCGCAGAAAGCCCGUACUGGAACCAGUUCAGCGCCGCCGCGGGGCUCCAGCGCAGGUCUCCCCCCUCUUCCUCCUACACCCGUGGCGCCUCGUUUGCCCCCGGAGGCGGAGCAGACCUCGCCUCCUCAGCAGCUUCAGCUGAAGCUGGUGCCAGGUCAGACCGGCAUCGUGCUGUCGUGGAGCGUUGCAGAAGCGGAUCGGAGCUGCGCGGCUGUAGACAGCUACCACCUCUACGCCUUCCAUCAAGACAACUCCAGCAGCAACGCGGUGCAGCAGCACUGGAAGAAGAUCGGGGAGGUCAACGCCCUCCCUCUCCCCAUGGCCUGUACGCUGACCCAGUUCCAGUCUGGCUCCACCUACUAUUUUGCUGUUCGAGCCAAAGACAUUUAUGGACGUUUUGGCACGUUCUGUGAACCCCAGUGCACAAAUGUUAUCAGUUCCAGCUCCAGCUAAAUCAUCACGGAUCAAUACUUUUUUGUUUUUGCUUCUGAAAGUUCAUGUUUUGUUUGAAGAAGUGAGCUGGGCGUGUGAGACAGAUCCAGUAUCUGUGAACAUCUGUACAAGUUGAACACCUGGACUCCUGACUGACUUGGUGACCUGAAGCAGCAAACACUUGUUUUUCUCUGGUUUAUUGUACGUGAAGUAUUUUUUGUGACAUGAGCUGUUGCGUGUAAGCCUGUCUUAUUUCUCCCCUGUACACUUGGAUAUUUCUGUUGUUGUUUGCAGCGAAUCAGACCAAGACGAUGGUUCCUGGAGAAGUGACGGCGUCAUACAUGAACACUCGGUCGCACAGAAAUGUAAACUUGUGUGGUAGAAACAGGAUAACUUUUUUAAGUUCUGUCUGGUAACCAGACUUUCACAAACAGAAUAAAAGUUUUUAUUAAA